AUGAAGACCAACCCUGUGGGCUCCUCACUAGAAGCCUGUCGAUCUGCAGGCCAGGGCGAGAUGGGCUGCCCUGUCUGCCAGGCCUGUGGAGGACCCUCAGGCCUGGGGUCUGCUUCAGGGUUGGGCUCAGGCCUCAGGCUAGGACCUGGAGGGGUUUUGAGCUCUGGGCUGGGGCCUGGAGCUAUUCCAGGACCUGGGGCUGGGCCUGGUCCUAGUGCUGUUCCAGGGUCUGGGCCAGGACCUAGUGCCGUUUCUGUGACUGGGCUGGGACCUGGUACUACUUCAGGGCCUACUACUGCUCUGGGAGCUGCACGAGGAGCAGGAUCCUUACCUGGACCAGGAGCUAGGUCUGGAUCCAGGCCAGAAUCUGAGUCAGUACCUGGGCCAGUACCUCAGCCAGGUCCUGGGCCAGUACCUAAGCCAGUAAGUGAGUCAGAACCUGGGCCAGGACUAGGGUCUGGGACCAGGCGAGGCUCUGGGACUGGCUCUAACCCCACUGAAUCAGUGAGAACUCCAGGACCAGCGCUACAGCAGAAGACUCCGGCCAAACAGGCCCCCAAACAGAAGGUCCUGGUGACAGGAGGAGGGGGUUACCUGGGCUUCAGCCUGGGUUCCAGCCUGGCCAAGAGGGGCACUUCUGUCAUCCUGCUUGAUCUCCACAGACCUCAGUGGCCACUGCCUUCAGGAACUGAGUUCAUCCAGGCUGAUGUUCGAGAUGAAGAAGCCCUGUACCAAGCCUUCCAGGGGGUGGACUGUGUCUUCCAUGUGGCCUCCUAUGGCAUGUCUGGGGCUGAGAAGCUACAAAAACAGCAGAUUGAGUCUAUAAAUGUUGGAGGCACCAAACUAGUGAUUAAUGUCUGUGUCCGCCGGCGGGUUCCACGGCUCGUGUACACCAGCACGGUCAACGUGACAUUUGGCGGGAAGCCCAUCGAGCAAGGCAAUGAGGACUCUGUCCCCUACUUUCCCCUGGACAAGCAUAUGGACCACUACUCUCGAACCAAAGCCAUUGCUGACCAGUUGACUCUCAUGGCCAAUGGAACACCUCUCCUGGGAGGAGGGACCCUCCGUACCUGUGUGCUCCGCCCCCCAGGGAUCUAUGGUCCUGAAGAGCAGAGACACCUGCCCCGGGUGGCGAGCCACAUCAAGAAGAGACUGUUCAUGUUCCGGUUUGGGGACCGCAGGACCCGCAUGAACUGGGUCCAUGUGCAGAAUCUGGUGCAGGCACACAUGCUGGCGGCUGAGGCCCUCACCAUGGCUAAGGGAUACAUGGCUAGCGGGCAGGCGUACUACAUCAAUGAUGGGGAGAGCGUCAACCUCUUUGAGUGGAUGGCCCCACUGUUUGAGAAGCUGGGGUACAGUCAGCCCUGGAUCCAGGUACCGACUUCCUGUGUUUAUCUGACAGCGGCAGUUAUGGAGUACAUACACCUGGCCCUGAAGCCCAUCUGCACCAUCCCCCCACUACUCACCCGCAGUGAGGUGCUCAGCGUGGCAGUGACGCACACCUUCCAGAUUGCCAAGGCCCGCGCCCAGCUUGGCUACGCGCCGGACAAGUUCAGCUUCGCCGACGCAGUGGAGCGAUACGUGCAGGCCACGACCCCGCAGUCCCGCGGCUUCACCGCGCUGUCGCUCCUGCGGCUGCUGCUCGUGCUCCUGCUGCUGCUCGGAAUGCUCGGCCUGGCCCUGCACUUCCUAGGGCUGCAGCCACGGCAACCCGCAGCACAGCGCCUCUGAUCCCGCCCCGCCCCUCCCAGGCCACGCCCACCGACGGCUCUGAGCUUGUACCUGCCUUUGACCUGUCUAGGUGGAGGAAUUCUGUUUGGUGGAGUCUGUGGAACUGAACCUAUCUUGUGCUGCUGCUGCUGCUGGGGACACUGGGGCCUCCUCCCUUCCAUGGCUUCUUUGAGUUUGUCCUGAUCUUAACCCAGAUCUGUGUGUUGAUUUGCUGGGGGAAGGAUAGCCAAGCCCAGUUCGGUAGCUUUCGGUUCUCAGUUAAUGAGGGGAGGGGACGCGACACAGUCAAAGGUUUCACGACCAGACGGGGC